UGUGAACGUCUUUUUUAUGUUUAGUUGAAGUUUUAGUUGUGUUUCAAGAAAAUGCAGAAAUUGGUUCUUCCCAUAAGUGUGUGUUUAAACGCCUUCAUAUUUUGAAUAUAUGGUGCACAGAACACGGAACCAAAUCAGAUAAACUGAMGAAAUUGAUUUUAGUUGUGCAGGGGAAUACUCAAAACAACGGCUACAUUACAGAGUUGAGCGAUCUGUCGAAAAAAGUUGAGAACAUCUGUAGAACAGUUUCAACUUUUUGGAAGAAUUGAAAACGCAAAAAAUCUUUAGUGCUUCAAUACCAAUCURGUKGSCUGAAUAAAGAGGAAUCGAUUUUGUUAAAACGCACGCAGUGUAAAUCGCAGCAGAUCGAGGAAAGAACUCAUCGUGGCCGUCCUCAACUGGAUUUUGCUGACUCUUCAACGAGAACUAUGCGACGUCGUAUAGCUCAACUGAGUGAAAUAGAUGAGUCCGCUGUUUCUGCUCUACGCAAUGAACAUCAGAAUCAAAAGAUUCUGCCAACAGAUCCCAUUGAAGUUAUUUCACUCUUAAUGGAGACCUCUAUAUCGAAACACCAGCAUUUGCUGAUAAGAAAUUUUGUGAACAGCAAAAUUUCCUUUGAUUUGUUUCUAAGCUAUCAAAAAAUACAAAAUUAAAAAAAAAGUAGAUACCCACACAAUAUUUUUGUAGACGAAUCUCAUGCGGAAGUCGAAUUGCAAAGCUUACUUAACAGUACAGCAUCUAGUAUAAUAGAGCUUCAGACCAACCAAUUGAAACUAUUCCUGAGAAUGCAGUUAGCAAUUAAUUGGAAAAUGGGGCUUUGUCGGAUGUACGUUACAUAGCGAGUAUAAGCAAAAGUUUUCAUCCAGUGAUUUGAACGAUAGAAGCUUGUAACAUCAUACGUACCUCUCCAACUAGUUUCGAAAAUAGAUUAUCAAAUAAUUUGGAAAAACCCCCGACCAUCAUCGACUCGUUACUGUAGACCUAAUAGAAAAAUAGUUAUUACACAUAACUUSCACCUUACUAUGGUAGAUGGAAAAGUGUGCAACGCGAUCAGCGAAUYUUCCUCUGCAAAGUGUUAUAUAUGUACAGCACGGCCAACAGAAAUGAACGAUGUUCAAAAAURUUUGAGUAAAGAAGUUCGCACAACAUUUUAUGAAUUUGGCUUAUCCCCACUGCAUUCAUACAUACGCUUCUUUGAAUACUUUUUACAUGUUUCAUAUAAACUAGAGGUCAAAAUGUGGCAAGUAAGAGACACAGAGAAGAAAAGUAAAGUAYUGGAGAUAAAAAACAAAAUUCAGACGGAAUUUCGCGAAAAAAUGGGUAUAAUAGUGGACAAACCUAGAGAUGGAGGUAGAGGAUCGGCCAACGAUGGAAAUAUCGCAAGAAAAUUCUUUUCUAAUGCAGCCUUGAGUUCCGAAAUCACAGGAAUUGAUGAAUGUUUGAUUCAUAGGUGUGCUACAUUAUUGCAAGCCAUGGCAUCUGGGUAUAAAAUUAAUGCGGAGAAAUGUAAACUCUACGCGCUGGAUACAGCUAAAGAUCUGAUAACUGCAUAUCCAUGGUACUAUUUGCCGGCAACCGWUCACAAGGUUUUAAUACAUGGUUCUGCUGUGAUAGAGCAUGCAUUAGUGUCGAUUGGAGAGCUUUGGGAAGAAGCUGCAGAGUCCAAUAACAAGGAAUUAAAAAAUGUAGACUUCAGCACAGUCGGAAAGUGUCGCGUACUUUAACAAACACAGAUAUCAUUAGUGCACUAUUGUUGCGCUCAGAUCCCUUUGUAACAGGACAGAGACAAGUCGACUUUGUUGAAAUCUGUUUAUGAAUUACUAGA